GCAGGCCCAGGAGAUGGGCAACGUGGUGGAAGGCAAGUCCGUGGAGGAGCUGAGCAGCACCGAGUGCCACCAGUGGUACAAGAAAUUCAUGACCGAGUGCCCCUCUGGGCAGCUCACCCUCUAUGAGUUCCGUCAGUUCUUUGGCCUCAAGAACCUGAGCCCGACGGCUAGCCAGUAUGUGGAGCAGAUGUUUGAAACUUUUGACUUCAACAAGGAUGGCUACAUCGACUUCAUGGAGUACGUGGCGGCGCUCAGUCUGGUGCUGAAGGGAAAGGUGGAGCACAAACUGCGCUGGUACUUCAAGCUCUACGACGUUGACGGAAAUGGGUGCAUCGACCGUGACGAGCUGCUCACCAUCAUCCGGGCCAUUCGAACCAUUAACCCCUGGAGCGACUCCACCAUGACUGCCGAGGAGUUCACCAACACUGUGUUCUCCAAGAUCGACGUCAACGGAGAUGGGGAGCUGUCCCUGGAGGAGUUCAUGGAGGGUGUACAGAAGGACCGGAUGCUGCUGGACACGCUGACACGCAGCCUGGACCUCACCCGCAUCGUGCGCAGGCUGCAGAAUGGGGAGCAGGAAGAGGAGGCUGGCGAAGGGGCAGCUGAGGCUGCUGCCUGAGCCAUCCACCC